AUGGGGACCACGCGGCGCGUGACUCGCCAGCGUGACACUGAUGCCAUGGCGCACAGCGUGGCGGCCGAUCCGCAGGACAAACACCGGCGCACAAACACAAACAGGCAGUCGGCGAGCGGCAUCUACUCGAUGAACGACAAGGAGCUCAUCGCCCUCUUCCGCUUUGGCGAGCGCAUUGGGUAUGGAAAUUGGGGACAAGUGUUUGAGGCCGUGCCGUCGGACACGGACAGUGGCAUUGGCGCUGACUCGGCGAUCCGCAGCGGCCUCGCGAGCGGUGGGCGAGUCGCCAUCAAGAUGGUUGAGCGUGCUACGAAUCCUGCCGCCGCGCACUGCAUUCGCGCGCUAUGGGGCGAGAUGAAGAUUAUCCGCGGUCUGCGCCACGAGCAACACCCCAGCAUCAUCCACUUUGAGGCGUUCCUGAUCACGCCGUCCUACGCCGCGGUGGUGAUGCCGCUCCACCGCAGCCCAAUGCCUCUUCCCCUCCCCUUCAAUACCGCGCUCAGAUACUUCCGCCAGCUGGCUAGCGCCGUCGCGUACCUCCACGAGCGGGGUAUUACACACAACGACAUCAAACCUGCCAACGUUGUGAUCAGCUACAGCGACGUGCCUGUUCUUGUUGACUUUGGCUUCGCACAGCACCACAAGGCAGACGACGCCAAGAGGUUCCUCUCCACCGCGAGCUGGGGCACUCCCGAGUACCUCGACCCGCUGCGCGUCAUGGGCCAGCCGCACGAUGAGCGGAAGUCGGACGUCUGGAGUCUCGGCGUGACGAUGUACGAGGCGCUGGUGGGGCGGACGCCGUUCGAGAUCUCGGAGGACGAGGUGUUUGAGACACAGGAGGAACUUGACGAGUACCUCUCCCGCUCGCGAUCCGGCAAGUGGUAUGGCGAGUACCACAUUGGCGACGACCACCUCGAGCGUAUCCUCCAGCACAUGCUGUACCCAGACCCGGCGUACCGCCUGCCGGCCGUCGAGAUCUACACGGCCAUCUCCAACAUCAUCGAACAGUACGACAAGAGCUCCAUCGCGACACCCAGCUUUGCGCGCUCUGACAGCUUCGACCUCGAGUUCAGUGUCACAGAGCGCUCGGCACAGCGGGUCGAACGGGAGCGUGCUGCUGAGAAGGACAAGCACACGGAGCGCCGCCUCAAGACGGCGCAGAGCGAGGUGCUCCGCCGCUCUGCCCUGGGAGACCGGAAGCAGAUGGCGAGCGCGAGCGUCCUCCGUCCAGCGAAGCAGUUACGCUCCCGCUCGCCCGACGAGAACGUCUUUGUCGAGGCACCGCCCGUCCCGGCACCGGCGACCAAGCUUCGUCCACGCUGGCGUGAUGAACUGAAGCGCGAUGACCGCAAAGCCCCGCGUGUUGUCAGCAGUGAGGCGCGCCCUCUCCGGCCAAACACUGCUGCAAGUGCAUACAAGGCCGCCACUCCGUCGCCGCCCAAGAAGAUGCAGACGCGUGACGAGGCACUUGCAGCCACUCUCCGCUCUCUCCAGGCCAACUCGCGUCAGGGUUCGCCCGUAAACACCCCCUCACCGCGGCGGGAGCGGGAGCGUGAGCGCCCAUCUUCCGCCGCCGCCGACUAUGCGAGAGCGUACCGCGAGCGCCCACGGCCGGUUGAUUCACCCCAUCGUGUAAUGGACGGGUCUCCCCGUCGUGUCGAGAGUAUGCGCGAGCGCCCAGCAUCUCGACUUACCAGGCUUGCCGACGUCGCUGAGUGCGAGGUACUCGCGAGCAGCGCGUACCCUCUCACCCCUGAACUGAACCGAGGCCCAACAACGCCCAAGAUCCAGAUCUCCCCCUCUAGAACCGCACCACGCCUCGACGUCGAUAUUGCUCCUGCCACCUUCUCGCCCCUCCGUCCGACCGAACCCCUUGUGUCCAAGUAUCGCGGUCCACCUGCCACUUCCUCCCCAAACCGCAAGGCCAAACAGAGCACGGCACCGAGUGAGCUCGCGCCAGCCGGUAAUGCUCUGCACGACCUCGAGCGCCUGGCUGAGUGGGCGAAGCGGGUUGAGCUGUAUGUGGAGCAGGCGAAGCGGGCGAUGGCGGAGGGCCGCCCCGUGCCGACGAUGACGCUGCCAGACCUCGAGGCGCUCGCGGGCGCCCAUGCUACCCACUCCAUGAUCCAGGCGCCGGUGCGCCGGGAGAGUCUGCAGCAGAAGACAGAAGUCCGCGUUGAGACUCGCAGGCUGGAGCCCACGCGCGAGGCACUCGAAGUCCCCAUGUCGUCGCUCAGCUCACGCAGUACGGCGAGCACCACGCUGCAGACGCCGCAUGCGACUGUCACGACCCUUCCGCAGCCAAAGGAGAAGGAGCACAAGAGUUCGCUGUCCAAGGCGGCGUCGCAGACGCUCAAGCGCCACCCUGUUAGCCAGGUGUUCCGGCGGUGGGGCGGAGACCGCGGGGUGUUGUCGCCGGAGCGGCCUCGUAUUGCUGUGCGCAAGAGCGAGCCGCAUCUCGAUCGGCGGCCCAUCCCCUCCUUCCAACAGCAGGAGGUGCUCGAGACCGAGGGCGAGCCGGAGCGCUUCACGCCCUCCCGCAUGGGCAAGCCUGCGAGCAGCAUGAGCCUCCGUGAAGCCGUUAAGGCAGGCCUGGGGAUGGACCGAGACAAGACCAUUCCUCGCCGCUUCGGAACCAGCCCCAAUGCCGAGGGCCGAAAGAGCAAGGAGAGUACCAAGAAGGAGGAGAAGAACGAGAGGAGAUUAAGCCUGUUCAAGCUCUUCAAGGGCAAGAAGUAA